AAAACAUGAAGGUGCAUCUUGUACUUUUUAAAGCGUCAUCUUUGUCACAAAUUGUUUGUGGGUUUACUGGAAAUUUGGCAUGAAUAUUUUUCGAUGUUACAUGCCUCAGUGACUUUCGCUUUUGAUUACACCAUUAAAGAGAUGAAUCAGUGAUUAUAGGAUGUGAGAGUACUCUGUGGCAUCACAUAACACAUAAACCAUGGCAAGGAGAAGGUUGGAGGCGGCACUACAAGUCUCAAGGUCUAUCAACAAAGAGAGUGAAUGGAAGAAGAAAUUCGAAAAGGACCCUGUGAUAAAAAAAAUAGAACCAGAUUUUGAAAAGGAGGGAAUUUUCAGUCUUCAAUUUUCAUACGAUGGAGAGAUACUGGCUGCUGGGUAUGGCAACUUUGGAGUUCAGGUUUUUGAUGCCAGUAAUGGUAAACCGAUGGGAGAUGCUGUGAAGUCACGCUAUGGAGGACUCGCGACUACAUGCAUCCGUUUCAAUCCCAAACACCAAAAUGUACUAUAUGCAGCCUCGUCUGAAGGCACUGUUCAUGCUUGUGACCUUAGCAAGGGCCAUGAUCAGCUGAUUAUCGAAGAGAAGGGCAAUGAAAUUAACUGCCUCGACUUCAGUUUGGAUGGGUACAGCUUUGCCACUGCUGGAAAGGAUCUCAAUGUCAGGCUUUAUGAUUCUCAAACUAACCAGCUUUUAAAGACAUUCAAAGGGUACAGUCCUCUUACCCAGGCUCCAGACAACCCUAAGGCCGGUCAUGCCAUGAGGAUCUUUGCUCUCAAGUAUCACCCAGAAUAUAACCAGAUCUUCGUGACAGCAGGUUGGGACAGUACUCUCAAGAUUUGGGAUGCACGGGCCAAUGACGGUGUUGUUAGGAGCAUCAAAGGACCUCAUAUUUGCGGUGACAGUUUAGACAUAAGGGGCUACAGAAUCCUGACUGGUUCCUGGGUAGCUAACCACGCUCUGCAGCUGUGGGACUACACCGAGGGGAAGCUACUCAAGGACAUCCCAUUCCCACAUGGUGGUGCUGGCGAGUUUCUCUAUACAGCUCAGUUCCUGAAUGAUAUCUGUGUUAUUGCUGGAGGAAGCGGGACCAACAGUGUACAGGUGAUCAGCUCUGAUACCAACGAGUGCCUCGGUACGAUCGAAAUGGGCAACAAACCAGUCCAGGCCCUCGAUACAACUCUCGGCGGAGCAAGGAUAGCAGUCGGAUCAGGUGAUUCCAUCGUCAAACUUGUUAGCCUUGCAUGAGAGGUCAUCUUACCUAAGGAUUGUGUUCAUUCCGUCCAAAACUGCCACAAAACAGUGCUGUUCUUUAUGUGGUUGUAUCAACUUAGUAUUCAUUGUUUUGGCAUACUCAUGGAGGUUUCUUAUAUUUUUGAAUAUUCUUCAUUUGUCCUAAUGUCCUAAUUUUGAUAAGUUUGUAUACAUUUUAUAACUAAAUACAUUUGUACGAUCAAAAAUGUAUGAGCACCUUGUAUAGUUGUGAUACAAGGUAGUCGCGUUGAAUUGUGCAGCAUCAUUUAUUCCGUCCAGAACUGACAAGAAAGCGUUUGUUGUUGGUCAAAAUGAACAACUGUCUAUAGUAGAACCUCUCUGAACUAGACACCCUCUCUGCACACACUUUUCUUAAAUUAUCUUGAAAUAAGUCAAUCUGAAAAGUUGUUUCAUUAACUUGGUUCUUCAUCAGCGUAACAGGUUUUUUAGGCCCACCCCAACAGCGGCAACAAAAGUCGGAUAGUGUGUAGUGUUUAGAUAUUCCACUCAGCUUCGUUAUUUGUUAGGUUUAGUUUAGUGGUCAUCAACCAUUACUGCCAUUUUAUAAGAUUCACUUUAAGAUGAGUUGUUAGUGUGUAGUUUUCGAGAUUUUCCUUCAGAGUAGUGUUGAUAGCAAUGAAUGAAAUAGCACAUAAAAUAUGUUCUAUAUUUUAUCACUUGUUUGAAGAUUUUGUGUGGAGUGUCUCUUUGUUCUCAGUUCAUAAAAUGAACUAUCAUGUAGAUGUUUUGCUAAUCUGUUACUUGAAAAAUUUCAUUCAUCUGUCCAAUCUCGGAGGGAAUCAUUCCUUUGAUAAUUUUGUACAGAUAUCAUUAUCGGUACGCACUUGAGUACACAUGAAUUGCAAGCAUUUUUCCCCCAGUCACUUGGUUGUGUAGCCCCUGCGACAAAAUUGGAUAAAACACAAAGUUCAUGCAUGUGAAUAAAGGACAGAGUUUUUUCUGAGUGCUGCAACUUCAUACUAUCAAAUACAAUUAAUUUAAAACAGGCCACAUAAGCAUGGGGCUGAGAGGGCUGAACCAACAUCGGGCAAAGGCAUACAGCGAAAUGACUGGAUACUGUUUAAGCAAAAGGAGCUCUCCUCUCGUAGAUGUGUUUGUAUCAACAUGUUAUGGUUGCCCAAAAAAAUUUUGUACCGUUUCCUAACGAAAUAAAUUUUGUUAUUGAAAUG